GAAACACUGCUAGAGUUGAAUAGCUGGGACAGUCGGAGCUCUUUUAUUCUGGAGGAGUGAACAGGUGACUCGCAUAGUCAAAUGGCAACAGGAUUUGAAGACUUUUGCGGCGGGCAGUUUUGGAACGAGACUCUAACAUGGGGCCUGAACAGCACAUGGCCUCAGUUCACGUCAUGUUUCCAGAACACCCUGCUGGUAUGGGUGCCGUGUGGCUGGCUCUGGCUGACUUUACCUCUCUACCUGUAUUACAUGAUAACCAGGAGAGAGAAACCACUCAAGCUCUCCUGGCUCAAUAUUGGGAAAACUUUGUGUGGCCUGCUGCUGUUCAUCCUGUCUGUAGUUCAGGUCAUCCAGGCUGCUGGGGACCAGGAGGAUGAUGGCGAUGUGGCGUUAUCUCGAUAUGUCACACCCAGUAUCAAGGCUGCCAGUUUGUUACUCUCUGUGGUGCUAAUUCAGUUGGAAAGGAUAUCUGGAUUCAUUACCUCAGGAGUUCAGUUCAUCUUUUGGCUUCUGCUCACAGUCACUGGCAUUAUUCCCUUUUACACCUAUAUUAUCCUGAAGGAUGAAUCUGUAGUGCUGUACGCCACAUUCUAUGUGGAGUUUGGCCUCACACUGCUCCAGUUCUUUCUUCACUGUAAAGCCGAGCCUCUUCCUAUUGAUUACUUCUACAAUUCCAAUGGAAAACCCUGCCCAGAAGUGCGAGCCUCUUUUAUCUCUAGAAUCUCAUUUUGGUGGAUAAACGGGGUUGUGUUAACUGGCUUCAAGAAGUCUUUAGAAGAGUCAGACCUGUGGGACUUACACCCACGGGACCAAGGGGCAAACUUUAUCCCUCAGUUUGAGAAGGCCUGGAGCCAGGAAGUCAGCAGAGUCAAAUGUUUACAGGCAGCUUCAGAGAAGCACGGGCCAUCCGCACACUUCAGAAACUCCCAUGAAGUCGUUCUAAGUGAGAAGACACCUCUUCUGAAUGGUUCUACACUGUCUCACGAAAGUGUUUCAUUCCAAAAGGAUGGGAAAUAUGGCAGCCAAUCACAACAAAGCAAAGAGAAGACGAAGGGGGCCUCCUUGCUAAAGGUGUUGGCUAAGUGUUUUCUGCCCACCCUACUUAUCUCCUGGGCCUGCAAGUUCAUCUAUGACUUACUACAGUUUGUCAGUCCUAUGAUAUUAGAGUUACUGAUAGGCUUCACAGAGGAUCGUCGCAUCCAGGCAUGGAAAGGCUACAUCUUUGCUGUGGCUCUCUUGGUGAACGCUUUUGUCCAGUCCUGUUUCUUCCACCAGCAGUUCCACAUUGGCAUGACACUGGGUAUGAGGAUCAAGGCUGCUGUGAUAGCAGCCGUCUACAAAAAGGCUCUUACGAUGAACAGUGAGGCAAGGAAGACAUCGACUGUUGGGGAGAUUGUCAAUCUGAUGUCUGUAGACGCACAGCGUUUACAGGAUAUCACCGGAUACCUCUGGAUGCUCUGGUCUGCACCGCUACAGAUUGGAUUGGCACUAUAUCUCCUGUACGGCACUAUGGGCAGCGCCAUCUUUGCUGGUCUGGCCAUCAUGGUUCUCAUGUUACCCAUCAACGCUGUCAUCGCUGUCAAAACUCGCAAACUACAAGUGGCUCAGAUGAAGCUCAAGGACUCCAGGAUCAAACUCAUGAACGAAGUGUUGAAUGGUGUCAAGGUGCUAAAGCUGUAUGCCUGGGAAUUGUCCUUUCAAGACAAGAUAUUGGCGAUACGAAAUCAGGAACUGACCAUACUGAAGAAGAUAGCGUACUUGGGGGCUUUCAGUACUUUUGCCUGGACUUGUGCCCCAUUUAUGGUAACCCUGGCCACUUUUGCCACAUAUGUGUUGACAUCAGAAGACCACAGAUUGGAUGCCUCUAAAGCAUUUGUUGCGCUGUCACUGUUUAAUAUCCUCCGUUUUCCCAUCAACCUUCUACCAAUGAUAAUAUCCUACGUUGUUCAGGCUCAGGUGUCAAUUGGACGUAUUGGGAAAUUCCUUCAGAAUGGUGACCUAGAUCCAGAUAAUGUUCAGCAUAAUCCCAAUGCUGAUUAUCCCAUUACAGUAGAGCAAGGCACGUUCAGCUGGGAUCGAGGAGAGAAGGCAACUCUCAGGAACAUAAACCUGAAGAUAAAAGAUGGGGAGUUGUUGGCUGUGGUAGGUCAGGUGGGUGCAGGGAAAUCCUCCCUUAUGUCAGCGUUACUUGGGGAGAUGGAGAAGCUGGAGGGACAUGUCAAUGUCAGGGGCUCCUUGGCGUAUGUUCCUCAACAAGCCUGGAUUCAAAAUGCCACUGUACAAGACAAUAUCCUGUUUGGGGCACCCAAGAUGGAGAGAAGGUACAAAGAGAUAGUGGAGGCAUGUGCCCUGGGACCAGACCUGGAGAUGUUACCUGGCGGAGAUAUGACAGAGAUCGGAGAAAAGGGUAUUAACCUGAGUGGAGGUCAAAAACAAAGAGUGAGUCUAGCUCGGGCUGUGUACAAUGAUGCAGACGUCUAUCUGAUGGAUGACCCACUGAGUGCCGUCGACUCACAUGUUGGUAAACAUAUCUUUGAGCAAGUCGUCGGUGCCAAAGGACUGCUGAAGAAAAAGACACGUAUUCUGGUUACCCACGGUAUCCACUGGUUACCGAUGGUCGACCGUAUCGCCGUGGUAACAGACGGCGAGAUCUCUGAGAUAGGAACGUAUGAAGAACUGAUGAGUCAUAAUGGAGCGUUUGCUCAGUUUAUCCACACAUACCUGACUCAGGAAGAAGAGGAAGAGGAUGAGGAAGAGGAUGAAGAAGUGGCAGAGUUGAAGGCUCGAAUGCUAGAGAGGGUGGAUUCUGUGUUGUCAGAUUCGGAUAAGACAUCCGGGGACGAGGGAAUGCGACAUAGGAUCAGGAGAAUCAGUUCCAGAACAUCUGACGGGGAAAGUGAUGUGGAAAAGCGACGUUUAAAACGGCAGGACUCUCGCAAAAAACUGGAACGUUCCAUGUCUAAAGAAGCAGCUACAGCAAAAAAAGUGCCAAAUGCAGGAGAUAAGCUGAUUGAAAUAGAAAAAUCUGAAACAGGAAAAGUGAAGCUGUCUGUGUAUUUUGCCUAUGCCCGUGCCAUUGGAGUGCUGGCCAGUGUGCUCAUCCUGUUUCUGUUUGCACUGUACCAAGUGGGCAGUGUGUACUCUAAUGUGUGGUUGAGCUUCUGGACAGAGGACCCGGUGCUGAAGAACAAUAGCCUGGUGAACACCACAGAGUACAGCGACAAAAACAACCUCUACCUGGGCGUGUAUGGGGGGCUGGGGCUAGCACAGGCGGCGUUCGUCCUCCUGUAUGCCAUUGUCUUUGCCACUAGUCAGGUCAAGGCUGCAGCCAGUCUUCAUUUGAGCAUGCUUGCCAACAUUCUUCGUUCUCCAAUGGCCUUCUUUGACACGACCCCUAUUGGUCGUAUUGUGAAUCGAUUCUCGCGGGACAUCGAGACCAUUGACAACAACCUGCCUCAGAUCAUCCGUAUGUUUAUGAACACAAUAUUCAGCGUGGCCAGCACCCUGGUGGUGAUCAGCUCAAGUACCCCCAUCUUCCUGUCUGUCAUCCUACCCCUGGCUAUCUUCUACUUCCUUAUACAGAGGUUUUACAUCCCGACCUCGCGUCAGCUGAAGCGGCUCGAGUCCACCACACGCUCCCCGAUCUACACUCACUUCAGUGAGAGCAUCACAGGCUGCAGCACCAUCCGGGCAUACGGGAUGCAAGAUAGGUUUACUGAUGAGUCACGGGCUAGGGUAGACAAAAACCUUGUCUUUUACUUCUCUGGGAUUGCCUCGAAUAGGUGGCUUGGCUUCCGUCUGGAGGUGGUGGGUAACCUGAUCGUGUUAGCCGCGGCCAUGUUUGCUGUGGCAGGAAGAGACACCCUGAGUGGAGGCAUCGUGGGCUUGUCCAUCUCCUAUGCCUUACAGGUGACAGGUUCACUGAACUGGAUGGUGAGAAUGUCAUCAGACUUGGAGACAAACAUCGUGUCUGUAGAGAGAGUGAAGGAGUACUCAGAGACACCCACUGAGGCUGACUGGUACAAACCCGAGAGAGCCCCGCCUCAUGACUGGCCCCCAGUGGGCGUGGUAGAGUUUCAGGACUACACCACCCGCUAUCGCCCGGGCCUAGAGCUCGUAAUCAAGGGCAUCACCUGUAAUGUCAAUGGAGGAGAGAAGGUGGGAAUUGUAGGUAGGACAGGAGCAGGAAAAUCCUCUCUGACUGUAGCCUUGUUUCGUCUGAUUGAAGCUGCUGGUGGAGCGAUUGUGAUUGAUGGAGUGAAGAUCAGUGACAUUGGUCUGCAUGACUUGCGGUCUAGACUCACCAUUCUGCCUCAGGAUCCAGUGUUAUUCUCAGGCAGUCUGCGGAUGAACAUGGACCCAUUUGACAGAUACACAGACGCGCAAAUUUGGCGCGCACUAGAACACUCACACCUGAAGGCGUUUGUGGAUAGUCUACCGGCAAAGCUGGAACAUGAAUGUGGAGAGGGGGGGCAGAAUCUGAGUGUUGGUCAGAGACAGUUGGUUUGCUUGGCACGUACAUUGCUGAGGAAGACAAAGAUACUUGUCCUCGAUGAAGCCACCGCAGCCGUUGACAUGGAAACUGAUGAUUUGAUCCAGAAAACUAUCCGCACAGAGUUCAAGGAUUGCACAGUGUUAACGAUAGCGCACAGACUCAACACUAUCAUGGACUAUGACAGAAUCAUUGUUAUGGAUCAGGGUUUGGUGAAGGAGUUUGGAAGCCCUGAAGAGCUGCUAAAAAACAAGCAGAGUGUUUUCUUUGGAAUGGCCAAAGAUGCUGGUUUAGUGUAAUUUGGCAUGAAGUUUCAGUGUUCACUUGGCAGCAUUAGAUGCACCUGCAGCAGUUGGAUUGUCCCCGCAUUUUCAAACCCAGUUCAUAAGGGUUGUGAUUGUUGUUUGCUAAAGAGUGGUUGAACAGUAUUUUCUGUUUAUUUUCAGCUUUUAUUGCAACAUUUUUGUUAAAAUCUGUUAUUUUUGUUGGGUUUGUGUGUGCAGGCUGGGGUUUACUUUUAUAUUCACACCUAUGCAUUCACUAAAAUCACGUGGCCUUAAUGCUAACUGCUGUACAGUGGCUCAAAUGUUUAACAUAGUAACAGAUUAUUCUCUAGUUUCUACCAACUAAGCAGGUAUGAUUAAUUGUGAACAGUGGUUGCAUGUAGCUCUGUGUCUAUUUUUGUUCCAGUCUGGAAGCAUGAACAGUCAGUAAAAAGGUGUUGUAAAAAAAAAAAAACAUAACCCCAUCUCAAACUGUAUAUGUUUCUUGAAUUAUCUACCUGUGUUGUGAUCAUGCUCGUUUCAUCAGAUAUUUCUUCAAGCUGGUUUGAUGUGAAAACUAUACAUGUAUGUCUGACUGAAUAUUUUUGACCUGCCACGAGGUCGAUGGGUUUUUGUCCAAAUACAAUUCAAUUACAGCAAUAUAUCAAGAAAAUACAGCUGUGUUCUUUCAAGUUUUGAUAAAAGUAGAUCCAGUAUUUCUUAGUUUAUAUAUAUAUAUAGCACAGUCAUUGAUAUUUUGUUUAACCAUGAUAACCAGGUACAAAACGGCAGAUUUCUUGUGAUUGACCACAUACUGUUUCGCUGACUGUGUUUAUACAUUGUUGAUUGACCAGUAUUAUUGGUCAGCAUUCGUGACAAUAUUUACUUGUGCCUGUCUACUGUUUUAAUGAAGAUCUAAUUCCUUACAUAUACACAUAUCCAUAUAUAACAAAUUUUCUGUCUGAUAUAUUGGCAUAUUUAUAUUCCUGAGAACAAAUUUUUGCAUUUGUCUGUAUGAACAUGAGAUCACUGGUCAAGAUCAAAUAUUGAGGAUUUAUUUACCCUAAGUAUGUUCAGCAUUUCUACAAUCUUUACUCAAUUUUUAUAUUUAUUUGCUAUAAACUGAUGGUGAACAUAAAGUUAGUAAUCUCUGAGUAAUGUUAGACAAUGUAUUUAUCAUUGUACCCUUAAUUGCCCUAGCCUGUUCUUCUACAAUUGAAUGCAAUAGGAUGUGAGACUGGAUUAGUGGGGGAUUGAAUGUGCCUCAGAUCAGCUGAAGAAAAGCAAAAAAAAAAUACAGAAAUUGGUGAUUUAUGAUUAGUUUUAUGUAGUAAGAAUGGUGUUAGCUUUGUCAGACACGGUUGUGAAAGGGAAAUUCAAGAAGUGCUGUAAUUAUUCAUCUGUGUGACUUUUCCUCUCAAUUGAUUGUUUUUUUACAGGAUAUGUUGAGAGUUUUAGAACACUAUUUGUUUGAUGUGAAGUGCUAUUGUGGAUAGGACUUGCUUGUUCAGAAAUCUGUAAAGGUCAAAACCCAUUGAAUCGUUCUCUCUACUACAUUAUGGUAUUUUUUUUUCAAAUUUAGUUUAAUAUUUAAAUCGACUAAUUUCUUUAUCCUACAUGUGCAUAAACAGGAUCAGUUACAUGUACCGCAUCAGUUACAUGUACCGCAUCAGUUACAUGUACCGCAUCAGUUACAUGUACCACAUCAGUUACAUGUACCUGCUUUGCCCAUGCCCAUUCUUACAUGAUCUUGACCAUCAUAUAGACAUGUCAUAGUGGCAUGUACUUAUACUUACAGUAAUACAGGAUUCGGCCAGUGUACUGUGUAUGUACUCAGACUGAUCUAAUAUUGUAUUACAUUCGUUAGUGACAGACAUGCAACAGUAAAUUGCGUAACCUGUCUAUAGCUCCAUGUCCAGGAGCAUUGUUGGUACCAUUGUGUUUAUCAUGAGAGAAGACGAUCAGAUGUGUAUGCUCGACUUAAUACCAGUAUGUGAUAGUAUGUACCUUGCCAGAAACAGAGCAAACAGAUUACUAGCACUUAUAUUUUAUAAUGGUUUAUGGAAGUGAAUGUGUAACAUUAGCCUGAUAUUUGUGGAAAAAUAAAUCUCUCAAGUUUAAUUUGUAGUUUGACAUUCCAUACAUUUUUGUUUUUGAGUUUUAUGGUCAUUUUUUAAGGUGUGUAUACCUUUUAGAUAUGUAUAUUCAAUCCUAUACGCUCCUGUAUUAAUUGUAAACAUAAGGUACACAGAUCAAAAUAUAUAUGUUUAAUAAGAAAAGAAUAAUGUGUUGAGGUUUUUCAUUUAUUUACCAAUGUUCACUAGUGCAUGUAGCUACUUAGGAUUGUAGUUGUCAUCUUGCCUUUAUUGUGUAACUGGAAUACACACAUACACAUGUAUAUGUAUACCCUAUUCUGUGUUAAAGAUUUCAAAUUGUAUCCACUUGUUGUAAUCUUUAUAUUUUGCUAAAAUAGUGUUGACAAAUUUUGUGUGCAGUAUUGCAUAUUUUGUAAACAUUUGUUUUUGCACAGCUUGUUAAAUCAUAAAUGUUCAAAGGGGUCACUCUUAAUUUACCAAGCAGCUUACUACCUGAACU